AUGGAGAAAAAUUACGUGGUUUCUAUCCUUGUGUCAAAAGUAUAUACUCAUAUAUUUCUUAAUAGCACUCUUGCUGCAAAGUACCCUCAGUUAGACUUCAAAUGCUUUAGUGAUAUGGAGGAAUAUCGCAAUUCAGAUCAUUGAAGAAGAACAGAUAUAUUAGCAGUCCAAUUUCGAAGCCCAGAUGAAUUUGACGAAGCUUUAAGUAAUAACCCUAUAAAGUGGGUCCACUCAUUUACAGCUGGAGUUGAUGCUUAUAUGACAGAAUAUUUCAAAGCAUCUCCUGUCCCAUUAACUAAUGCAAGGGGAGCGUAUAAUGAUUCAUUAGCUGAAUACUGCUUAGCAGCGAUGCUCUUUUUUAAUAAAAAAUUCCAGCAACUUGAGCAGCAAAAACAAAGCAAAAAUUACCAAGUAUUUUUAAUGCCAACUCUUUAUCAAUCAACAUUAGUAGUGUUAGGCUAUGGAUCCAUUGGAAAAUCUGUAGCAAGAAUCGGUAAAAACUUUGGGAUGAGAGUAAUAGGGGUAAAGCGAACUGCUACAGAACCUGAUGGUAUAGCUGACGAAAUUGUUGAUACAUCAAAGCUGAACGAAGUCCUUCCAUCUGCUGAUUUCUUAGUUAUGGCCAUGCCAAAUCAUCCUACUACUUACAACUUAAUGAGCGCACCUCAAUUCUCAUUAAUGAAGCGAUCUGCUGCUUUAGUAAACGUUGGAAGAGGAAGCAGCAUUAACGAAGAUGAUCUCGCUGAAGCUUUAAACAACGAACUCAUUGCUGGGGCAGCUUUAGAUGUUUUUAAGGUAGAGCCCUUACCUGAAAGUUCUCCUUUAUGAACAGCGAAAAAUUUGAUAAUAUCGCCUCAUAAUGCAGAUAUGGUGGAAGAUUUAGCAGAUCUAUGCAUAGGAUGUUUUGAAGGCCAUCUCAAAAAUUUUUUAAGUGGACAACCCUUUUCAUCAGUUGUGGAUAAAGUUAAAGGCUAUUAA